GUUAGCCUUUGUUUUGGCCUCUCACGGUAGAAAAACAACAGCAAAAACAGAGAAGAAAUCGGGUGAGAGCCGAUAGAAGGAAGAAUAGAGAAAAAGAGAGGUGCAGCUGUUUUUGUGCUCCGAUCAAUGACCAAACGAGCUCCGAUCGGGAUGAAAUUUUAGUAUGUUGUUCCUAAGAUCCUCUUCUUCAUAUCCAACAGUGGGAUUGUUGUUUCGACUUCUCGAUGUCGGUAAAACUACCUCUGUUUGCUGCUACGUUUUUAUUGGGAUUGGAAUUUCUCACUUUUUAGUGAAGAUUAUCGUUGUUUGGUGUUCCAGACGGGAAAAUUAUUAAUUGCUUUCGCUAGAAAAUUGAGGUGAUUUUCUCAACAAUUGGUAUCAGAGCUUGUCUUGAUAUUUUUGGGUGAUUUUCUUGUGUUGUUAAAAUAGAGGAUAAAGUUGUUUUGGGGGAAUGCUUAAAUUGACUUCCUCCAAUUAUCAAAGUUGGAAACCCAUGAUGAAAGAUAUUUUAUAUAUUAAGGAUUUGCAUGAAUCGAUCUUGAAUAAGGAGAUGUCAAACGAUAAAGAAGAAGGUACUUGGAAAUUGCUACCAGGAAUAAGUGAAGAAGGUGCACCGAUGAGAACGGUUUCAAGCCAAGCAAGAUGGGGUUAUAUCCUUGCUUGAUGAUCGCGGUCAUUCCCUGGUAAAGUUGCAUGGAAGCAAGCAAGCACCCAAGAGCAAUCGGGUGUUCAAGUUGAAGAGAAAAAAGUGUUGCUCACAACCUACGGAAAGUACGGAUUUGGUGCAGUUGGUUGUGAAAGAUUUGUGUGAGAUUUUUUUCAUCAUUGAGUUUUACCCCCCAUUUAAGAAAAAACAGCAGCAAAAACAGAGAAGAAAUGGGGUGAGAGCGGAGAGAAUGAAGAAGAGAGAAAAAGAGAGGUGCAGCUGGUUUUGUGCUCUGAUUGAUGACCAACUCCGAUCAGGAUGCAAUUUUAGUAUGUUGUUCCUGAGAUCCUCUUCUUCAUAUCCAACGGUGAGAUUGUUGUUUCGAUCUCUCGAUGUCGGUAAAACUGCCUCUGUUUGCUGCUAUGUUUUAAUUGGGAAUUUCUCACUAUUUAAUGAAGAUUAUCGUUGUUUGGUGUUCCAAGUUGUUGUUUGAUGAUUGUGUAUACCUCUAAUUGAUUUAGAGAGGAUUCUUGGUAUACCCACUGAUUUUUCUUGAUGAUUAGUGGAAGAUUUCGUGGUUUUCUCCUCGAUUUGGGGUUUCCACGUUAAAUAUUGGUGUUCGUUUAUCGCUUGAUUGAUUGUUUACAUUUGGGGAGAAAGACCAAAGUAGGACUAAAACUUUGAAAAUAUACUAAAAUAAGAAUUCCAUG